UUUCUUUGACUCUAGCUGAUCUCUCUAGCUGCACUAAUUACAGCUCCUUUUUACCAUCUUCACCACAAGGAACAAGAUUUUCUAGCAUCAGAGUCAUCUGACCAAAGAGAAAACCAACAAUGUCUAGCAUCAUGAAAGUGUUUCUGCUCCUGGCUGUCAUGGUCUACAUCUCUGAAGCCCAACUCGAUGACUCAGGACAGCAGUGUCUGUGUCAGCGCGUCAGGAAGGGAAUUGCCUCAAAGUCUGAAGUAAAGGACAUCCAGAUAUACCCAGCAACCAUCUUCUGUGACAAAGUGGAGAUUGUUGUCACCCUCAACAGCGGCCUUCGCUAUUGCCUGAACCCAAAGUUGAACGCAGUGAAAAGACUCCUGGCUAACGUCAUGAAACACAAAAACUCUUCAACAGCCAGACCUACUGAGCUCACUUCUACCACACGCAGCACUAGCACAGCUCACAUCUAAUUCUCUCUUUACCUCCUCAAUAAGAAGCUCAGAUGAACUCGGACCCCCAACAAAGGCACCUCAAACAAAUGUAUAUGUGAAAUGAAUGAAACUUUUUGUCCGUUUAUUUUCUAUUUAUACUGAUGUGCACUUACAGUAUA